AAAAUAAGAAAGCUCAACUGCCGUCUUAAGUCUCCAGGCAGCUUGGACUCGGACCUGGAAUUUUUCGGAAAGUUUGGUUUUUAGCUCAUUGAUUGUUGUACUGUUGAUUGUGACUACGUCGACAUCAAGCGAGUCGAGGGGUCUGGGUUCUAGUGCUGGUCUCCAAUGCGGCGGCUGAUGACGACAAUUGAGACGGUAAUGGCGGACAGAAAACACGAAUAACAACACAACAAGAUGAAAAGAGUGCACCAAUUCUAGGCUGAUCAGAGCUCUCAAAGUCUCCUGCAUGAGUGAAAAAAGCUCUAAGCGGCAGCAUGGAGGAAAACGCGGCGAAAACUGUGCUGGUACAGCGGGAACACCAAGCAAAAUAAAAGACGACCAAAAACAGAAAGAGCAGAACUCACUAAAAAACGACGAUAAAAAUGAUGGAAAGACAGAGCAAGACGAGAAGCCUCCGAACUCUGUAGCUGAAGAGAGACACGAGAGCAAGGACGAUGACGAACAAGAUUCAAAUAUGCAAACUGAGGAACAACAGCAGCUAGAAGAUGAGAAGCGGAAAGAGGAGGAGAGACAGAGAGAAAUUGAAGAAGUGCAACAAGCUAUCAAUGAGGCCCAAGAGUUGGUGAACACCAAGAUCUCCACCCGAGAGAAGAACUUGGCAGCAUCAGGUCAUCGAGGUGAAAACUUGAUGAAGGGACUUGACUCUUCUGUCAAGAAGAAUUCUUCCUUCACCAAGAAACUGCGUUCCAUCACAGAGCCGCAGCGGGAUGCUCUCACAACUGAGUUUAAUGGCUUAAAUCUAUCCAGAUACAUCCAGGAAGCUGUCAGUUCCAUUGUUGACGGAUUCAACAAACUGAAGCAAGCUGAUGUCAGCUGCGUGGCUCACAUCUGCAGCCUGUUUCACCAGCGAUACCAGGAAUUCUCUGACCUUCUAAAAAAGGAGCUCGUUAAGGUGUUUGAGAAUUAUGCAGGCAAGGAUGAGGAUCGUGCUGCAAAUGUCACUCGCUACAGGGUCACCCUUAGGCUCCUCGGGGAGCUCAUCCUGUACGGCGUCUUUGAAAACCUCAAUGAAAACAUCAAGCUGUUGGGUGGUAUCCUGAACAACAUUGCUAACUGCGACAAGGAGUCUCACAUCUACGUCCAGGUGAUCAUCAGUUUUGCCAAGCACUGUGGUGAGGACUUUGCUGGCGUGUUGUCCAGGAAGCAUCGGGCUUUGGUUGAGAAGCAUAAUAUUACCUGGCCCUACACAGGAAUCAUCCCACGUGAUGCACAAGCUAGCUUUCGACAUCUGCUGCAGAGUUACUAUAAAACACUUGCCAAACACCUUCUCCAGGUGCACAAGGACCUUCAGAACAGGGAGAGGCAGAACAGACAGAUUCUUUUGACCAAAGGUGAGCUCCAUGCUGACAAGAAAGAGUCCCUUGAGAGAGCCCAAAAGUCUUAUGAAAAGCUUCUUGCCAGCACUUCUAACCUUGCUGAUGUUCUUGAUGAGGAUAUGCCCGAUCUUCCCCAAGAUGAAUUGAUACAGCAAUGUGAAGGGAGCAGUACAGUGGACAUCUUCAACCCCUUCAAGAACCAGGAAUAUGAUGGGGAGAGUGGUAUAUGGGAAGACGAGGACUAUAGAGUAUUUUAUGAGAACCUCAAAGACUUGAAAGCCUCUUUACCUGGGAUUCUGUAUAAAGAAGACCCAAGGACUGGCAGCAGUGAAAGCUUGGACAGUGUAGAUGAAAAGGUCACAGAUAAAGACUCUAGCAUAGGUAACCAAGUGGAACUGCUGGAUGAUGCUGAUGAGGAGUUGAACAUUGAGGAGGAUUUUGCUGACAGUGACAAAGAGGCAGAAGAUAGCGCAGAUGAAUCUAGUGAGAGUGCAAGUGUGGUUACAAGUGGUGCCGCUGCCAUGGAAGCCUUGAUUGCAAAGCUGCCAACAUGUGUCAACAAAGACAUGAUCGAUGAGGUUGCCAUGGAUUUUAUGCUGUCGUGCAACAAUAAGAAAAAUCGGAAGAAGCUCACACGAGCUGUACUUACAGUUCAGAGGACAAGGUUGGAUCUCCUGCCCAUGUAUAGCAGACUGAUCGCCACGCUUGAUCAGUGUGUUUCUGAUAUCUCUCCUGAGGUUGUGAAAGCUCUCAAAGGAGAGUUUAGAUUCCAUGUGCGAAAGAAAGACCAGAUUAACUUGGAGUCCAAGAUCAAGUCAGUGAGGUUCAUCGGUGAGCUUACCAAAUUCCAGAUUUUCCCCAAGGGAGAUGCACUACAUUGCCUGAAGAUGCUCCUUGAAGAUUUCAGCCAUCAUAACAUUGAAAUGGCAUGCAACCUGCUGGAGGUGUGUGGACGGUUCCUCUAUCGCUCACCUGACUCCCACAUCAGGACAAAGAACUUAUUAGAGGUGAUGAUGAGGAAGAAAGCUGUGCAAAACCUAGAUGGCCGCCAGCUGACCAUGGUAGACAAUGCCUUCUACUACUGUAACCCACCAGAGAGACAAAAGAUGAUGCAGAAGGUUCGUCCCCCCAUGCACCAGUACAUCCGUAAGCUGCUCUAUAAGGACCUCUCUAAGACCACUACCGAGCGGGUUUUGCGUCAAAUACGAAAACUUCCAUGGGAUAAUACUGAGAUUGCUCUGUACGCCAUAAAAUGCUUCAUCAGGAUCUGGAAUGUCAAGUAUAACAGCAUACACUGCGCAGCCAACUUGCUGUCCGGACUAUCAGCAUAUCACGAGGAGCUGGCUUUGUUCAUCGUGGAUGGUGUUUUGGAGGAGAUACGACUCGGAAUGGAGGUAAACCACCCUAAGCUGAACCAGCGGCGCGUGUGUUGCGUCAGGUACCUGGGCGAACUGUACAACUACCGGCUUGUGGAGUCCCGUGUCAUCUUCAACACGCUCUACUCUUUCCUGACCUUUGGCAACCCUGAUGACGGAAGCUCAUCUGAACUAGACCCGCCUCAGCACCUGUUUCGUAUCCGUCUGAUAUGCACCCUACUCGACACGUGUGGCCAGUACUUUGACCACGGCAACUACAGGAAAAAGCUCGACUGCUUUCUCGUCUACUUCCAGCUUUACAUAAACCGUAAAAAGUCCAGCCCAGAGUGGAACGAGAGCCGACCGUUUCCGAGGGACGUGGAUUAUAUGAUAGCAGACACGCUUGAGAUACUGCGCCCCAAGCUGACUGUAUGUUCUACACUGCAAGAAGCCCAGGAACAAGUGGAACAAUUAGAGCGUGACCAAAAGCAACAGAUAGGUAAAGUCCUGCCUACCACCGACCUAACCACAGAGCAGACAGCUCGUCCAGCCUCCUUGCCCGUGUCAGUGCCAGGUGUUGCCAUGGCAGCCACCAUGACGCUAGCAGACUCGCCCAGCUCCUCCCAUGGCUCGCCCCACACGUCCAUUACAGGCUCACCAUGCCCGUCCCCUAUGCCGCGUGACGACUACGAGCCGAGCGAGUCUGGGGAGAGUGAGCAGGAUGACAGUGAGGUCCUGGAUGUUGAUGACGAGUAUGAGAUGAUUGACAUGGAAAUGGAUGAUGACGAGACUGCUAUGCACAGGGUGAAAAUGUUGAGCCCUCCCAAGAAAGUAGAACCAACUGCCGAAGACCAGGAAUUCCAGCAGAUGUUUGAGAGAUUGAUGGUUGACGACCUGCACUCGCGACGCGGCGAAAGCCUAAAGGUACCCAGCCUCGAUGUUGCCGUGCCCAUGCACCUUAAAGGUCAAGUUCGAAAGGCGGAAGGGGCAGUUGACGAGAAGAUGAACUUUGUGCUUAUGCUGCGCAAAGGAAACAAGCAGCAGUACCGUGACCUCGAGAUCCCAAUCUCGUCCGACCUUGCGGCUAACAUGCGUGAAAAGCAGGUCGCCGAGCAGGCUGAACAGCAAGAGCUCAAACGGCUCGUGCUGGACCACAACCAGAGGCAAGAGGAAGAAAUCUACAAUGCCGAGGUCUUGUCACAACAGCGGACGGGUGGCGAUUAUGGGCGUGGUCCGUACUCACGCACCAAGCCCAGGCGCCCCUACACUGGUACGCUAGACCCUAAUGCGGUCUUCUCCAAUCUCACACGGAGACGUUAACAGUGAAGUGUACCUCGACAAACCACUGGCUAAAAGAGGUCGCUCAGGCGCGUUAGGUCUCCCGUGUCUUAUCACGUGAUCUUCACCCAUCCCGUGUUGCAGGCUGGGAUGGAGGGUCUGAGUAGUGGCGAGUAACACCGCGGGGCAAACCGCAUGACGUCUCGAAGAAUUAAGCAGCGUGUGUUAUGUUUGCUGCUGGUAUGUUAUGGUUUGAGAGAAAUCUCCUUCGGGAGAAUUGGUCUAGUCAAUUCAAAGGUAGUUUUGACCGUUUAUACAAAGGUAUAUACAAGGUAUACGGCUUUGUGACUUAUGUGUUUAGUGUUUCAACCUGGGUAGCAUGAUUUGCCGUCUUUAAGUUUUUUUUAGUUAUCAACUACCGAAGCACAGGCUCGCAGAAUGUUUCUGUAACUAGCACUUGAUAUUUUACUCUCGAGGGAUCCCUGUGGCCUAGGCGCCUUCCUCUUCCCAGAUCCUAGCUUAUUUUAAAAAAAGCACAGGUAUCUCAGCUGAUAGGUAGCUUUGUAGGGCUAGGACGAGCGUUAUUAAAGAAAGCAAGUUGUGGUAAAAAGCAAGUUUUGGUAAAUAAGACGCAUGUCACUGGCUCAAUUGUAACCCAUGGUUGCCAAGUAAUAAAAAUACCAGCAAGUGAAACCCAGUUGUAUCCAAAGCAGUGAAUCCCCGUGAACCCACAGGGAGAAAUAGCAUGGCACAUCUAACGUGUCUUUUAACGAUUUGUCCUUAGCAUUCGCGAAAACAGAGGAUACGAACGUUUUCGUGUAUAAAAACGCUACAAGGCUUCCACACGGUAUUCAACAUUGCAAUAUAUAUAGAUAUAGAUUAAGAGAUAAACUUGGGUAUUAUGAGAUCCAUCUUAGUUACACGCUGGUGACCAGGAGAAAAGCAGUGUCGUACGAUAUAGAAAGGUGUUUUAUGGAUAUUUUUCAGCUUUACCUUUUUACAGUUUCAUGCUCACCACUUUGUUUUUCACUUUUAAAUUAAAUAAACUGUUGCUGCAAAUCCCUGA